AUGGAAGAGAACAUCAUCAACGUAAUACAGCAUUAUUAUACCCAAAGGCAAUUCGUUUACAAUGGCAUUAUUACAAAAUAUAGCAUUAUUAUACCCAAGCAUUAUUAUACCCAAAGGCAAUUCGUUUACAAUGGCAUUAUUACAAAAUAUAGCAUUAUUAUACCCAAGGCAAUUCGUUUAGAAUGGCAUUAUGUAACAAUAUAG